AUGGCCACCGCGACUCCAGAGGACCAGCCACGCUCACAACCUAGCGUCGAGCUGACGCGCUCUUACGAGAACAAGACCGAAGCAACCCUCGGCCACAGUCACGAUGCAGCCUCUGGGCCCACAGCACCAGUCGAUAGCGAGAAAGGAACUGGGAGCGCCGACGGCGAUGACGACAAAGCAGAAGAGGGCGACUACGCCACCGGCUUGAAGCUUUUCAUUCUGAUGACUUCCCUCUUGCUAUGCCAAUUUCUUGUCGCCUUAGACAUGAGUAUUAUCGCCACUGCCAUUCCCAAAAUCACUCGCGAAUUCCAAAGUCUUGAUCAGGUCGGAUGGUAUGGCUCCGGUUUCCUCCUCACCCUCGCCGGCUUCGUCUCUCUCUGGGGCAAGGCCUUCAAGCAUGCCAGCAUCAAAUGGGUCUUCUUGUCCGCCGUGGUCGUCUUCGAGCUUGGGAGCUUGAUCUGUGGUGUGGCUCAGAAUAGCACUACCCUCAUCGUCGGUCGCGCCAUCCAAGGCUUUGGAGGUGCUGGCAUGACCAGCGGAGUCUACCUCAUUGUCUCCGUCUCUGUCGUCCAGAAGCUUGUCCCUGCCUUUUUGGGCCUUCUUAGCGGUAUCUUCAGUGUUGCUAGUGUCGUCGGCCCCCUUCUUGGUGGUGCAUUCACGGACCGUCUCACUUGGCGUUGGUGCUUUUACAUCAACCUCAUCGUCGGCGCGCCCUCUAUUCUCUUCCUGGCUUUCUUCUACAAGCCACCUGCUCACCACAAAAUCGAGCCCAUUGGCUGGAAGGACUUCAUCUAUACUUUAGACCUGCCGGGCGUCGCUGUCGUUCUCGGCGGGCUGACGUGCUUCAUCCUCGCCAUUGAAUACGGUGGUGUCACCAAGGCCUGGAACUCGGGUACCGUUAUCGGUCUGCUGGUCGCCUUCGGUGUCCUCGUCAUAGUCUUCAUUGUUCUCGAAUGGUACCAGGGUGACCGUGCCCUGCUUGUUGGCCGUCUCAUGAAGCGGAGGACUAUCGCGGCCUGCGCGGUCUUCGUUUCCAUGAUCAACUUCUCCUUCUUCCCCUUGGCCUACAAUCUUCCAAUCUACUUCCAGGCCGUCAACGGAGUCUCCCCCUUGCAGAGUGGUAUCCGAUUACUGCCAACUAUUCUUCCGAUGACGCUGUUCAGUCUCUUCUCCGCCCCAGGUAUUGUGCUAGUCGGAUGGUACCAGCCGUGGCUAAUGACCGGCGCAUCGCUCGCCGCCAUUGGAGCCGGCCUCAUUUACAUGCUAGACAUCGACUCCACCAGCGCGCAAUGGAUCGGCUUCCAGUUCGUGGCCGGCGUCGGUACGGGUCUGGCAAUGCAGCCGCCCGUCAUCAUCGCCAACGCCAUCACCCCGAAGCAAGACAACAGCAUGGCCAUGUCGGACGUGCUCUUCUUCCAGUUCAUCGGAGGCACCUUUGGCAUCGGCAUGGCGCAAGCCAUCUUCAACAACGGCCUCAUCAGCAGCUUGCCCGAGCUGGCACCGAUGGUUUCUCCGGCCGAGGUCCUCAGCAUUGGCGCGUACGACUUGAAGAACGUCUUGUCUGGUGAUGCACUGACUGGCGUGCUGAGGGCGUACAUGCGCGGUCUGCACAAUGCGUGGGCCAUGAGCAUCGCUGGCGCCGCCGUCGCCGUGUUCUUACCCCUGCUGGGAGCCUACAUGAAGCUCCCCAAGACGCCCCCCAAGAGCUGGGAUGAGAAGCCGACGACCGACAAGGCCGACGCGCGAUCUUGA